UUCGUGGCAGACCUCCUGCCUGUCUCUCAAGUGCCAGGACUACAGGCCUGCGGCCCGUCACAAUCGCGAGGCGCUGCUCCUGGAAGAAACCGGUGGUCAAAAACCCGCAGCGCUGGAGCCACAGUCCGCCUUCGCACUUCACUGCCAGACCCCGCGCAGCAGGUGGCCCCAUACACCGGAAGUCCUGUGCGCAGGUACAGCGCCCGACCGGAAGUCCCGCCCCCGCGGCCACCGAUAACCCGGAAGGACUAAUCCGAGAGCUGCGGGCCCGCUCUCCGCAGCAACCACCUGCCGUCGUCUGUGACCCGAGCCGUUGGCUCCCAGCGGGGAUGGCAGCCCCCUCCAUGAAGGAGAGGCAGGUGUGCUGGGGAGCCCGCGACGACUACUGGCAGUGUCUGGAAGAGAACGCCGAGGACGCCUCGCGCUGCCAGCAGCUGAGGAAGUCCUUCGAGUCCAGCUGCCCCCAGCAGUGGAUAAAAUAUUUUGAUAAAAGAAGAGACUACUUAAAAUUCAAGGAAAAAUUUGAAGCAGGACAGUUCCAGCCUUCCAAAUCACCUGCAAAUGCCUAGGCUGUUCUUGAACUUUUCACAAAAGUUGACACUCUUCUUUCUGGCCAUUCAGAAGGGCUGUGUUGGUCCUGGACAGUGCUGAAGCAUGGUGCGCGCUGAUGCUUGCUCCCUGUGUACUGUAGCUGGUGAGGAAAAGGACCAGUACCAGGGGACCACACCCUUCAGACUGUGAAGAACAGAAAUAAAAUGGCGCUGAGUAUGUGCAGUUUUAAUUUAGUAAGAAAACUGUUUUAAGAAAAAGUAAAAUCCUGCUAUAAAAGCA